AUGAGCGACAAUUUAGAGAAAAAUAGCCUUGAGACGGAUCUAGAGAAGAGAGGUGCUGAUAAGACUGAUGUCAAUGCAGGUGAUGUAUCAGCUGUAGAAAUAGACGCCUUCGAGCAAAAUAAAGAAAGCAGCGACUAUCAGGAGUUCCGGACAUUAGGCUGGUGGCAGGUGACUGCACUUUUAUUGGCAGAGACACUUGCACUCGGUGUUCUAAGCUUCCCAAAGCUCGCUUCUGAAAUAGGCGUUGGGCCAACGAUUAUUGCUACGAUUGGUCUUGCUUUCCUAGCUUGGGUAACUGGAUAUAUCCUUGUUGACUUUAAGGUGAAUCACCCAAGUGUCAUGUCGUUUGCGGACGCUGGUCAAGUUAUCGGUGGACCCAUAUUCAAAUGGGUAUUGCUUGUUGGAAUAUUGGUAAACUCCGUAUUCAUAGCAGCCUCCCACGUCAAUUCGGGUGGAACAGCUUUAUCAGAGAUGAGCUCAAAUGCCAGAUGUUCAGUCUUGCUUGGGUUCUGUAUGGCAUUAUUAGGUUUCGUUUUCACAAUUCCUAGGAAAUAUGAACACACUGCCUAUGCAUCAUUUGCGUCUUGUGUUAGCAUUUUCACUGCGUGUUUGAUAACAAUCAUUGCAUGUGGUGUAACUAGGGAUUCAUGGGGUGACUCCAAUGGCGAAGUAACAUGGAAAGCAUUCAACAAUCCAGGUCUAGCGGGUGUCAUAAACUCCUUCACAGAGAUAGUUUUCGCCUAUGGUGGACACGCUUUUAUUUUUAGUGCAACAGCUGAGAUGAAAAAUCCAAAUGAUUUCAAGAAGAGUCUUGCGGUUGUCCAAAUUAUAUCAACUGCCUUUUAUAUAACAAUUGGAGUGGGAGUAUACAUACUAGUUGGGGAUGCAAAUGUCGUAUCGCCAGCGCUAUCCAUCCCAUCACACAAGAUUGAGACGAUAGCAUAUGCAAUCGCGAUGAUAUCUAUCAUUGUAGCAGGUGUUAUUCCAGCUCUUAAUGGGCUGAAACAGCUAUGGCUUGAGUUGUUCAGAGGGAAGCCCAUGCUUACGAGCAACAGCUGGAAGGCCAAUGCUUUGUGGAUAUUCAUGGCAUUUAUUACGUGGAUGUUAGGAUUCUUAUUAUCUCAACUCAUACCAUUCUUCUCAAGCCUUCUGUCAAUAAUUUCAAGUCUUACAACUGUAUGGUUUACUUAUGGACUAAGUGGAGUAAUAUGGCUUGCAGACAACAAGAAAUAUAGUUAUAGAUCGCCAUCAGGAUGGUUCGGCAAUACAAAGAAAAGUUCUAUGGCACUUUUAUCAAUAUUUAUAGUCUUAAUGGCGACUGUUAUAACCCCCUUGGGUAUUUACAGCGCCGUCGAGAGUAUUAAAGAAGGAUACAGAGAGGGUAGCUAUAGACAUCCAUUUGCAUGCAGAGCUAAUUAA